GUCAAGUAUCAGAAUACUUCUGAAUACAAUAAAUUUUUAACACAACAAAAAUUAAAAAAAAUAAACAAUAAUUUAAGUUAAAUUAAAAUGGCUACAUUAAAUUUAUUAAAUCUAAAUGUUGAUACACUAUUCGAGCAACAUAGUGUUAUUGAAAUUGAUACUGUGCACAAGAAAAUUCAGGAAGUGGUGGAAAAUAAAAGGGAAGAAUUACGAACAAUGGUGGGGGAACGUUAUCGGGAUUUGCUUAAGGCUGCUGAUACAAUUGCCGCUAUGCAGGAGUCUACUAAAGCAUUAAUCACACAAGUUGACAACAUCAAUGGCAAUUGCAAGAAUCUGAAUGAACAACAAUUAUUGGGUUUUAAAACGGAAACAGACAGUGCCGGCGAACUAAAGACGAGAAAUGCUAAUAAACAAUUGAAUAACUAUUUUAGCACCAUGAUACAAAUCAAAUUGUUGACAUCAUUGCCUGAAUUGAUAUGGUCGCAAUUGGAUCAUGAACAUUACUAUGCUGCAACAGAGCUAUUUAUAUUUAGUCGUCAUAUUAGUACCGGCUUGCAAUUGGAUUCGAAUAAUCCUGUUAUGCUAAAGUUACCAGUAGCAAAAAAGCAAUGGGAAAUUAUAAAACCAUUUCAUAUGACUAUUAAACACAAGGUAAUGGUUGCCUUAGAAAGAGAAAAUUUGGGCCCAGAUCUCACCGUUGAUUGUAUACUAUCGCUUUUGCAAUUGGAGCGUUGUACAUUGGAAAGUGCUUUGAAGACAUUUCUCAACUUAAGAUGUACAGCUUUUCUCAAUUGUUUAAAUGCCGAUGGCGGUAGGGUAAAAGAGAGAAUUCUAUCCAGUUUGAGAGUACUUAACGAUAGUUUGGAUAUGGUGGCAAAAUGUUUUUUGGAUAAAAGCCCCUUAUUUACGAAGCUAGCGGAAUAUUCUGACCCAAAUGCUCCACCUACCAUUGUGCGCAUGGAUAGUGGUGAUGUACAAUUUGCUCAUCUAUUACCUGAUAUUAUAUUAAAUUACAAGCCCAAAUUUGAUGCAGUUACACUUAACAAUGAAGCUGUCCGCUUGUCCUUAGAACAAUUUCUUACAGAUACACAGCGCAUUGCCAGCAGUCAACUCAAACAACUUUUCGAUUUGGUUACACAAAUGAAUUCAAUACAGGAAAUAAAAACAGAAGCCAACAAUUUAAGAAAACAACUCAAUUUAAAUACUUUGACAGCUAAGUUCCAAUUAACACAACCGCUGGACUUCUAUGAAUUGCGUUAUGUACCCUUAAUAAAUCAACGUGUGCGUAAUAUUAUAAAUGACAGCUGGUCAAAGACAAUAAAUGAAACCUCUACAAAUCUAGAGAGUUAUUUAAGACAACCAGAAAUAUUAAAUAACAAAAAUUAUUCGUUGUGGCAAGAAUUUCCCACUGAUUUACCAAAUAGUUUGGAUCAUGCUUUGAAUGACGAUUCAAAAAUUAAAAAAUUGCUUAUGAAAUCAAAGGGUUAUAAUGAUCAAAUUAUAGGAAUUACGACAAAAUUUGACGAAAAUUUAGCAGGUAUUAUAAAAGAAAUGAAUAUUUUCUUAGAAGAGCCAACAGCAAAGCUAGAAGAUAAGCAGGCUUUAGUGGAAUUUCUCAAAGAUACUGCCCAGCAGCAUAUUACGGAAUUCAUAGCAAAAGUCAAGAGUUUACAACUGGACAUCACAGAUCGUCAAUCUUUGCUGUUCGUGGCACGAUGCUGUUGUGCUUUGAUAGAACUUUGUCCGCAUUUGAAAAUGUGUUUCUGCCAAUCUUCCAAUUGGCGUCAAUUACUUGGAACCACGGCUUCAAGUACAGCUAUGGAAUAUUGGCAACGUAUUUGUGGCUUGAUGGAGGAUGAAAUAUACCAAUUUUGGGUGCAUAUCAUUAAAAGUUUAUUGCAGGAGUUUAACUGUGGUCGUUAUUUGGCUAAAAUCGAUACAUGUAAUGUGAUUUUGGAAGACUUCACACACUGGGAACUGAUUACCCUAGAUCAAAAAGACGAUCAAGAUAUGCCUGUCCAAUCAUCAUUCCGAGUGCCUACUCAACCGCGUAUUUCCUUGCAGUCCUAUUUACAGAUUCUUAUAACAUCUCUCAAAGAAAUUAUACCAGAGACUAUGCCGACAAAAGUUCUAAACACAUUCAAUCACAAACUUAUAGAUGAACUCCUAAAACACUACCAACAGCUACUAAAAGAUGAGCCCACAUUAACUCAAAAUAUUGCAUUACAACUUUAUUUCGAUAUUAAAUUCUUACAGAGUUCCUUCAAUAUAACCAGAGAACAAAAGGAACAUAUUACUACAUUACAAAACGCAUACAAAGAACUUAUAGAUCCAUUCGAUUUCGAAUUGUUUUCAUCGCAAUUAAUGGCAAACAUUAAAAGGUCUGUUUUGCGUUCAAAUUGCCUAUUGGGUGUAUUGACACCACUGAAUGUGCAAACAUCGCAAACUGGCGCAGUAGUGCAAGAAAAGGAUCCGAAUGUGUUAAGUUUGUGCUCUAGUGGCUCUACAUCUCUUUGGUUUCCACUUUUGCCCGUAGUUACAAAUACAACAAAUAUGGUGACAUCUACUUCAUCUUCUUUUGAAAUUAAAAAGACUUCUUUGAAUGAAUCACCCAAGGAUUAUUUAUUUGAAACAUAAAACUUGACAUAUUUGCAACUAUAUUUUUGGACAACUCCUACACGAAAAUCAACAUCGACACGUAAGAGUGAUACGAAAGCGAAAUCUGGAGCAGCAUCAUUCUUUGGCGCCAUGUCCCAAGAAUGGUUUCGAUAAAAUAAUUAUUAACAACGAUACAAACUACAUACAUACAUACUUUUUUAUUACAGCAAGUAUUUUAAUAUUUCCGUAUACUAUACAUACAAACAUACUUAUAAAAAUAAAAAUACAAAUGUGCAAUUGUUAUAAGAAAAUCUUAAAAAAAAAAUAUUUUCAUAAUUUAUUUAAUUGUUUCUGUCUCUACUUUUAUAAAGUAUUAUUAACAUAUUUUAAUGGUUUAAAAAUUAUUAUAAAAUAAAAAAAACAACAUUAUUAAACAUAAAUAAA